UACUAUAAGAAGCCCCUCUUGACACUCCAUUUUCAUGUCAAACUAAACCAACUUAUUUUUGAUAACUAAAAAGCCAGUCAUUUUCUCUCUUCUCAGCUAAAGAAAGAAGAUGAAGAUGAGCAGUGCUACCAUGGGAGCUUCAAAGAGAAGGUUGUCAAGCAGAGGGCUAGGAGGUGUCCUUAGAGAGCAAAGGGCUAAGCUUUACAUUAUCAGAAGAUGUGUUGUCAUGCUCCUUUGUUGGCAUGAUUAAUGAACUUCCCCUCUUAGAUAAGAAGACGAGGAUUUCUCUCUUUCCGUUCUUCCUCUUUUUCCUGGUGGAUUGUAAAUAGAAGCGGCGGAUAAUUAAUAUAGCUAUCGGAGAGUACUUCAGCAAUUUUGUACCAGUUGGCCUUGUGGGCUACAUCUGUAAACCAGAUAACUUUGAAUUAAGACUUUGAUAUGCAUAUAUAUGGUUGCUCAUGUUCUCUAUUCUUUGUAA